UGUAUGUCAUCCAUGUUCUCUUGUGUAAUAUCACUUCGUAAUAAUGACCACUCCAUAAGCCCCAAAUUCUCAGAUGCAUUAGUCUGUAUUAUAUUACAGUCAGGGCCGGCCUGGCAGCCCUGUUUUUUUCUCUCUUGCAACUGUGAUUGGCUCUUCACCGAGCAGGGGAAAUGUACCUAAUAUGAACAUGUUAUCUUACCACAGAGGUCAGGGUGUUAUCUAACCUAAUGGGACAUUCAGGGGACAGUUGGGACAAAUGUAAUCUAUUGGCAUCCUAGUUGAGUGUAGGAUAGCCUACUGUGGUUGGCUUAUGAUCUUAUGUGUUAAUUAUAAAACCCUGUCACUGUAGGCUUUAUGUUUUGAUAUGAAAAUACUGUGUAAGACACGGAGGAAUCAUUAAAUCACGUUGCCUGCCCGGAGGUAUGUAGAACAGGUCCGUCACAAACGAAUGAAGGACACUCCGUCUUCUGCCCCGCUGUUUAGUGAAAUCUUCGGCUAUCGCUGGAGAGGGAGGGUCGCUGUCCCGGGUACUGAAGCACACACACAGACACACACAGUAGAGAGUCAUCAGUAGCUCGCUCGAUUCUCGGGUGGGGUUUCACUCUUGUCUCUACUGUCAUCUCCCGCAGAACCGCAGUGGUGCGCCUACGAUUUGCGCUGCUAUUCACGUUCCGGGGCGGUCCUCUGCUCUAUUCGUUCUCCAGGUUCCGGGGUUUAUUGCCAAUCUCGGCGACCGGGCAAAUAAGCAGGUGUCUCAGGCAGAGCAUCCUCUCUCGCUGUCCGAUCGGAGCGAAGACGUAUUAGGCUACACGUGAACAGCAGAACAGACAGCCGAUAACAUCAGGUUUCUGACGUCGCAGACACGCCAGACACGCAGCGCAGGCUCUCUACCCGCUCGGCCUCCCUGCCUCCCUCUCUCGCUCUCUCCAUCCCCACGGCAAUCGGACUGAGGACUCCAGAUAUGUGUGGACACUAAGCCUCAUCCUCAUCCAUGGCUUACCGGAAGAGGGCAGGAGUGCAGGGGACUGUGGUGGUGACUGAGCCCCCCCCUCGCCCCUGCUCUGCCCCCUACUCCUCGGAGGACCUCCCCCCUGAGGACCCUGAGGACCCUGAACAGGAAGAGGAGCCCAAGCAGCCCAAGCAGCCCCAGGACCCCGAGCCCCAGGACCCCGAACUCCCCGACAGCCGGCCGGAGACGCCCGUCACGCCCGACCACACCCACGAGCGUGGUCACUGCCACGGGCAUCACCACGGCGGUUGCCAUGGACACACGCAUGGUCACGUGGACAGCCUCAACGAUGGCGACUCCAGCUCUGACUACGUGAACAACACGUCCGACGAGGAGGACGAGGAGGAGGAAGACUACGACGAAGGCCUGCCCGAGGAAGACGAGGGGGUGACCUACUACAUCCGCUACUGCCCUGAGGACGACAGCUACCUGGAGGGCCCCGCGGACUACCAAGGCCCCCCCAGGCCCCCCGCGGCUGAGACAGACGACUGCCAGGAGGCGGUGGAGGAGUGGGUGGAGGACGGGGAGGUGGAGGGGGAGGAGGUGGGAGAUGUCCUCCGCUGCGAGGUUCUUCAGCAGGACGCCGAUGAGCAGCAGGUCUACGAUGGCCGGCCCGAGCCAGUGCUUGACCACCUGCCCUCCGAGCCGCCGACACACAACACCCACAGCACCGACCUACAGGAGGACGCCGGUACUGCAGCGCAGCAGCAGGAAGAGGGUGAGGAGAGUGAGGAGUACCUGCCCAAUGACGAUGAGGAGGUGGAAGAGGAGGAGGUGGAGGACGAGGAAGUGGAGGAUGAGGAGGUGGAGGAUGAGGAUGAGGAGGAGGAGGUGGACGAAGAUGGCAGAGUGAGGGGGGUGGUCGGAGGGGGUUACGGCGACGAGUACUACGAUGACCUGGAGGCCAACGGGAACUCGGUGUGCGUGUCUCAGUUCCGGGGGCCGACGGUGAGUGAGGGCGUGGUGGUGGUGGGGGCAGGGGGGGAGGCGGGCGGAGAGGAGACGGAGGAGGACAUCGACCAGAUCGUGGCAGAGAUCAAGAUGAGCAUGAGUAUGAGCAUGGGCAGCCUGAGCAGCGCCAGCGGCGGCAGCGGCACAGACCAGAGCCCCGAGGAGCUGAUGCAGAACCUCGGUAGCGCGCCCGCACCCUCCCCCGCCACUUACCCGCCCGAGGCCCGCGCCAAGCCCCAAACCCCCGGCUCCUACGCCCAAGCCGCACACCGCCACGACGGCCGGCCCAAAUCCCUCAACAUCCCCCCUGCUCGACACACCCCGGACGUGCAGAGGGGCUUCAAGGUUCAGCCGCGUCCUCCGGAGGAGCGGCAGAGAUGGGCACAGGAGCAGGUGACUAAUACUGCAGAACAGCCCAGGAAACAGCAGCGUUCCGACCUCAACGUUCCACUGGAGAACAACAAUGUUCCUGAGCAAACAAAGAAGGCGACCUCAUUCCCCAGCUUUGUGGAUGUGCCCGGCCCCUGUGAGCCAGAGGACCUCAUCGAUGGGAUCAUCUUCGCCGCUAACUACUUGGGCUCCACCCAGCUGCUGUCUGAGCGGAACCCAUCCAAGAACAUCCGCAUGAUGCAGGCCCAGGAGGCCGUCAGCCGCGUCAAGAGGGUGCAGAAGGCUGCCAAAACCAAGAAAAAGGCGAGUCCAGAGGGUGAUGCUCAGACUCUAACAGAGGUGGAUCUCUUCAUUUCAACCCAGAGGAUCAAAGUCCUUAAUGCAGACACACAGGAGACCAUGAUGGACAACGCGCUGCGGACGAUCUCGUACAUCGCGGACAUCGGGAACAUCGUGGUGCUGAUGGCCCGCCGUCGCAUGCCCCGCACGGCCUCACAGGACUGCAUCGAGACCACGCCCGGCGCAACCGAGGUCAAGAAGCAGUACAAGAUGAUCUGCCAUGUCUUCGAGUCAGAGGAUGCCCAGCUCAUAGCUCAGUCCAUUGGCCAGGCGUUUAGCGUGGCCUACCAGGAGUUCCUGCGUGCCAACGGGAUUAACCCGGAGGACCUGAGCCAGAAGGAGUACAGUGACAUCAUCAACACCCAGGAGAUGUACAACGAUGACCUCAUCCACUUCUCCAACUCUGACAACUGCAAGGAGCUCCAGCUAGAGAAGCAGAAAGGGGAGAUCCUGGGCAUCGUGAUCGUGGAGUCUGGCUGGGGCUCCAUCCUGCCUACAGUGAUCCUGGCCAACAUGAUGAACGGUGGGCCAGCCGCCCGCUCCAGCAAGCUCAGCAUCGGGGACCAGAUCAUGUCUAUCAACAACACAAGCCUGGUGGGACUGCCUCUAGCCACCUGCCAGGGGAUCAUCAAGGGCCUGAAGAACCAGGUGCAGGUGAAGAUGAACAUCGUGAGCUGCCCCCCCGUCACCACUGUACUCAUCAAGAGGCCCGACCUCAAGUACCAGCUAGGAUUCAGCGUGCAGAACGGCAUAAUCUGCAGCCUGAUGCGUGGGGGCAUCGCAGAGCGAGGGGGCGUCCGCGUGGGUCACCGCAUCAUCGAGAUCAAUGGCCAGAGUGUCGUGGCAACGGCCCACGAGAAGAUCGUCCAGGCGCUCUCCAACUCCGUGGGCGAGAUCCACAUGAAGACUAUGCCGGCAGCCAUGUUUCGCCUCCUGACUGGUCAGGAGACUCCCAUGUACAUAUGAAUGGCCACGGCGACCCUGUGUGGGGGUGGAGACACAGACACAGACACAGACACAGACACCAGACUACUGGCGUUAAACAGAGACAUCAGUACCCAGACAUCUGCAGAGACCACUGACACACCCUUCACCCCCUCCAUCUCUCUUUAUCUCUCUCUCUCUCUAUGGUCGCUCAUCAUCGUCCAAUCGCCAGCCCCCGUUUUUUCCGCCUCCUCCUCCACACUCCCAUUCCAUUUGUCCGUUGUCUGAGCGGCUCGUUCCGACGGCUGCCAUUCUUUUUGAUUCAGACGGUUCACCUUCACAGGUUUCAGAGGUUGUUCCAUGAGAUAAUGCCAAUGUUAUUUAUUAGUGCUGUCGCUGUUUGUGGAUCGUCAUGCUUGGUCAGAAGGGACGGGAAUGGAGAGAGACAUCACAGAUUAUUUUUAUAAGCUUAUAAAUAUUGACAUGUAAAUCCUUACUGCAUCUUUUAUCCAGCCAUUCCUUGGGUCUGCAUUACGUCUUGUAAAAGCCAUUGGCAUUUCCUUUGUUUUGUUUUUUUGUUUGUUUUUAAAAGAAAGCUCCAUGUGAAUCUCAGCUGUAUAUAAGGCCAAUCAUAUCACAACAAACACACACACACACACAAAUGAAGAAGGGAGAUGCAGACUUAUAACCCUCAUCUUGGCUUCAUGAAGGGCUAUACUUUUGCAUGUACACAUGCCGUUACCCCUGGAAUAACCAACAUAAGCUCAGUUUAUCUGUUACCAGUACAACAUUGCAAAAGCAGAUGAUUAGGGUUAACUACAGCGUUGUGUGGAUUCAUACAGUGCCAAUCAUACCUAUAUAACAGUAGCUAUCUACUCCUCAACAAAUUACCACAGCUUGGUUAUUGAUAUGUAAUAUAUCACCAUUUAACACAAACUCUGUCAAAAAGAAAAAAGGUUCUUUGGUAGACAUUUAAAAGUUCUCCAUAGAACUCUGUGAUGUAGGGGUUCUUUUGUAGAACCUUUUGAGCCUUCAAGAUAAUUGGUUCCAGCUUCAAAGGUUCUAAGUAGAACCUCAGGUGGUUUUUUUCACCUGUCCUCAUAAUGGAACUAUCAGAACCAUUGGAUGAUGGCAUCCCAUAGAUGCCUUUUGAGUAUCAGCUUUCUUCUAAUGUUUUACGUAUAAUUAUAGUUCUGUGGGGACAAGCUUAGGAACCUUUUAUUCUGAGGGCUUUACUCACUGUUGUGUAAAUAUUUCAGAAUCUCUUCAUUGCUUCUCAUUUCAAAACCAGUUAGAGCAUUCAUCUUUGAACUGGUGUACAGAACUAAAAAGAAUGUGUUUCCAAAAGGGCCGCUUUCCAUUCAAGAUUCUCUUCAUUACCUUUUUUUGUGGGCAUUACAAAUGGAACAGAUGUGUAAAGGAUCUUCUUUAAUAGUUUUCGGUUAAUCAUAAACUGUGUGUACAUUGUGCAACACGUUUUAUGUUCCAUGUGUACACACAGUACUGCUCCUGGCAUAUUGUAAUAAUAUUUAAAAAAUUAUCUAAAAUGUUACCGUACAUUUAAUUUCUUUUAAAAACAAAACAAGAAAAAAUCUGAAAA